CUGCAGAGCAAGAAACUUGCCACAAAAACAUCUGAACUGUCCAAAAAGAAAGGAACAGCUAAAACUAGGUCAGGAUGGCUACAGGUGUGUUAUGCUCCAGGGCGUUUGCUCUCUUCAUGUGCUGCACUCUCCUGGCAGUGCCAUUGCUGCUGGCUCAGGACCCGUUGAACCUGAGCCUAGAGCACUACUCGAAGACAUGCCCUAAUGUGGAGCAUGUCGUCCGGACUGAGAUGGAGUGCGCUGUGCGUGACGAACCACGCAACGCCGCAUUGAUGCUUCGCCUCCAUUUCCAUGACUGUUUCGUACAGGGAUGUGAUGGAUCGGUGCUGCUUGAUGACACGGCAACCAUGAUCGGAGAGAAGCAGGCAGACCAGAAUGUGAACUCGUUGAAAGGAUUUGAAGUGGUUGACAAGAUCAAGGAGAAGCUGGAAGCUGAAUGCCCCGGAACAGUUUCCUGUGCAGACUUGCUUGCCAUUGCAGCGAGGGACGCAGUUGUCUUGGUCGGUGGGCCUUACUGGGAUGUCCCAGUAGGAAGAUUGGACUCCAAGAAGGCAAGUCUUGACCUUGCAAACAAUGACAUCCCCACCGCUCAGCAGGGUCUUGUCACCCUUAUUUCCAAGUUCUGGGAGAAGGGCCUUGAUGCCACUGACAUGGUGGCCCUUGUCGGAUCCCACACGAUUGGUUUUGCCCGGUGCGCCAACUUCCGGGACAGAAUAUAUGGCGACUUUGAGAUGACAACCAAGAAUAGCCCUGUUUCUGCAACCUACCUCAGCAAGCUGAAGGAAAUCUGCCCCUUGGAUGGUGGUGACGACAACAUCAGUGCCAUGGACAGCCAUACUUCCUCGACCUUCGACAACGCCUACUUCGAGACCCUCAUCAAGGGCGAGGGCCUCCUGAACUCUGACCAGGAGAUGUGGUCAAGCAUCGCCGGGUACUCCACAGCUGAUACUGUCAACAAGUACUGGGCUGACCCAGAGCUGUUUUUCAAGCAGUUCUCAGAUUCCAUGGUGAAGAUGGGCAACAUCACCAACCUUGAAGGCGGCGAGGUCAGGAAGAACUGCAGAUUUGUGAACACAUGAGCCGAAGAUUGAUAGUUGAUGCCUGUCUGAAAAUAAGAACGUACUGGUCUGUUAUAGGUAUAUCGUCGUUGCACUAUAAAAAAAUUGUUUGGCCAUAUCGCAUACUGCAGAUAUAAUCAUGUAUUUCAGAGUUUUGCACAAUCUGUUAUGUAAACGUCAGCAAUGGAUUAUGAUUA